AUGGGCGUCAUAGCUUUUGACAUCCACGAUAUCUGUCACGUCGCACCGCCUUUGACACCUGAAGUCUUCCGAUUACCGACGCUGGUCGCUCGCUCGUCUUUGAGCGCUCAAAGCGCCGUAACGACCACAAGUAGCAUAAUUCCAGGUAUCAUACCAGCCACUGCAACUCGUGCUCCGAUCAGCCAAGCUACCUCAACAGCAGCACGAUCGUCCCGUAUCAUCUCAGCUUCAAGUCUACGCUCGAGCUCCUCGACACCUACCUCUUCCUUUUCGGCCUCUCUAGUCAGCCCGACCAGCGCGUCAAUCCAGUCAGUCAGCACCAGCUCAGUAGCCAGAGUAGCGCAGGCGGCUACUUCUCUAAAUCGAUGUGCGGGAGACUGGGAUUGGCAGGCAUGGGGUGCUAUCUCAGCUCUCAUCUUUGGAGCAGUCAUUGGAGGCCUACUAUGGCUCCUGUGGGGAUUGCUACGGCUGCGCUUGCCCGCAUUGUACUCCCCACGGACGUGGUUCGUAGAUCCUAGCGCUCGUCCGUCUCGAACAUGGUCAUUCACAGGCUUUGUGUUGCCUUUCUUGCAUAUGCCCUCGCUUUCCUCCGAUGGCCCUCUUUCCGCCGCUUCCGCCUCUCUCCCUUCAAUCUUCACUGCACUCAAACUCACCGCUUUAGCUUCUCUCCUCGCUUUGGCAGCUGGGUUACCCUUGAUUUCCGCCGGCGUCCCUUGUCUAUCUCAAACAUCACCCCAAAACCCCCUCGGCGGACGACUGGGUACCCUCACCGACCUUUCGCUCCUUAGCCUACUCAAUGCUCUUGAUCCCAGUCCCGACUCACCUAGCAUAUCCUCUCUCCUCCACCUUCCCCCAGUACGACGCGCCUUGCCGUCGACCAUACGACCGGUCGUAGAUUCUGCACGCGCUCGACUAAUCGUGCUGCUCGUCAUUAUCGUUGUCCUAGCAGUCGGCGGGGGCCUUUUUGUCAUCUUCAGGACUUACAGAUCACUUGCUCGCUAUCGGAGACAUUUCGAAAAUGACAUCUGCAAUGGACUAGACAUGGUAUUCAUCUCGUCACGCGACGCUCCUGGAUGGUUGGGAAAGUCUGAAGAAAGGCUCAAACGGUGGUUUCGAGACAACGCAACCGUCGGAGAAGGUGACAAUAGCAAGGAUCUCGAUGUUAUUGGGGUUUUUGCCGUUCCUGACACUACCGAUCUGCGUCUCAAAGUCGCGGAGAGAGAGAAGGCCCUACUCGAGCUCGAAACCAGUGAAAGCGUUUACAUCAAGACCCAUAAACUUGACAUCGACCCCGCGCAACCUGUGACCGAGCCCAGAGAAGCCGUCUGGUGGGCGUCCGGAUCUUCGCCUGCCCGUCCGAUCCCUCCAACUAUCUCCGAACCGUCCCCAGAAGAAAACCUUACAGCGUCUCCAAGAGGAUAUCACAGGCUGUCUACCGGACGACGGAGCUCGCAGCUUGACCCCGCUUCCCCCACCUCCCCCAGACCUCAGAACCUUGGCAUCGAAACCCGGUUCCACGAAAUCAAUCGGGAUUCUGCUGUUUAUGGGGGACGUUUCGAGAUAGGACAGCGAAUCAAAAGGAAUGAACAAGGAGAAUGGGUAUCGGAUCCUUCGCCAGAUAGCGAGUCGACGAAUCCCUUGGGGUCAGGGCGGAGCGCGGAAUCGCAUGCUAGUCCAGAGUACGAGAGUCCCCCCGUCAGUGACGAGAAUAUCGGUCCUUCUCGGAAGUCUGGUGAAAACGUGCGUUGGGCGGUGGGUACGGCCGAAGGUGGUGCAUCUCAGAAUCGGCGGUCAGAGGAACGGAGCGUACAACGAAGUGCUAGUGCCAGAAGUAUACCCCAAUCUUCAUCCGAGAGUCCUCUAGGAGGGUCUGUGCCCGAAUCGGUCCUCCUUGACCCCGGGUCGGAUUUACUGCAAAGUAGAAAACGGUUCAAAGAUCUCGACACCGAGGUAGUUGGCCUGCAGCAACGAACUUUCUCAGCUACCGCCUCUGGGGCGCAUGUGGAGGGUUGGAUUCUCGUUGGCCACGGUGUGAGGUCGUUCCCUCAUGCGUGGGUUAUCGAGGGAAGGACUACAGAGGAUAUAUUGUGGGAGAAACUGUCUAAACAGUCGCGAGGAAGUUUGCUCUGGUACUGGAUAAAGAUCGGUCUGAUUGGAGCGGUGCUAUCUAUCAUAAUGGUACCAUUCAUAGCAUUGUCGGUUGGGACAGCUCCAGGCUUCUCACAUUAUCUGGGACUGUUGCGGCCUCUGGAGAGGAUCGACGGGCUGGGUUCUGGGCUGGCGGAGGGGUUGGCGCCAGCCAUGGCAUUAUUUUUGGCUGUUAGUCUGGCUAUCUUUACCACGAACCCCUUCAAAGGCACAUUCUAUCUCUUAUUGUGGUCCGUGAUCUGGCUGGUGACUGUUGCCUCGUUGGAAUAUUCUGUUCAGGGGUUUGUUUCCCAUGUUCAGGAGGGGAGAACAGUCGGUGAUGGGGCUAUUUUCUCCACUUGGUUCAUAUUCGUUUUAUUACUAGAUGUCGCUAUAAUCGUUCCUGCCAUCUACCUCCUCCGACCUUAUCAAUUAAUUCGAUACUUGUCAAAACGUCGUUCCGCUCGGACCCCGCGUGAGAAAUUCAGAUUAAAUCUUCCGUCAUCUUUCAACCCAUCUUACGCCUUUGCUCCCAUCUUCCUCGCUGUGUUUUAUGCCAAUUCUCUUCUCUUCCUCUUUCCUCUACUCUCUAUCCCAAUAAUUUUGCUUCUUUUCCUCUCUUUCAUCGCUAUUCGACACUCGAGUGAGUAUGUGAACGUAGACCGUACCGGAACCUACGCCUUUGCGCGACUAUUACUGUGGACCCUCCGGCGAUUUGGCUGGACUCUCGCCAUCCAACCUCUCAUAUACGGUCUCAUACUUGUCUCACGCCGUGAAUGGGCCAUCGGGGGCGUCUCACUCGGUUGUGCUCUUCUCACCAUCAUCAUUUCCGAAAUCGUCACCGUCGGACUUCAUUCCCACAAACGAAGAACCUCUCCUGGAGUUUCCGCUGCUAUAGAAGAUGUAUCAAGGUCAAUGGUUUCGAUGACGGCUUCACCGGAGAAAACGAUACAACAUAGGAUUUCCGAUUCAUCAAUGUUACAACGAGUCGCAGCUCUACUUCCUGGGUAUUCUAGACUACCGGAAGAUUGUCCGGUCCCUCUGAAGACGGAAUGGAUAGAUGAUAUCUUUCGCACUGAAAAAGCUUCCUAUGCUUCUCCAGAUUUCUCUUCACAUCAUUCAAAAUCUUCAUCAAAUGUUCAUUCUCACCCUCAUACCUCUUCGCCUCCUCCACACGCCUCGUCUUCAUCUCCUACAUCUCACACACCACCCCAAUCUCGAUCGCCCACUGUUGCGCAGGAUAGGUUCCUAUACGACCCCUCGGAGUCAUUACGAGGACUCGUCUACCCACCUGAACUCGUCGCUCCCACACCGGUGAUUUGGUUACCGAAUGGAAGAGGCGGAGAAACUCAAGCGAACGAAUUGAUGAGACAAGGUUUGGUAGCUAUUGUCGAUCCUUCUCAUCAACAUCCUUCGAGACAUUAUUCUGAAUCAGAGAAACGUAUUUCCGAUCCUACCGGUCCCACUUCACUUGACAUCCACCAAUCACAUUUAACUGUGUCAAGGAACGAGCCUCGAACUCCUAGGAGAAGCGAUACGAGAGGUAGUAGAUCUUCCAGACGGAGAAUCAUACACGAAGAUGUCGGAGAAGAAGAGAGGAGGGAAAGAGAACCUGCUUCUCCGGCUGAAGAAGCAGUUUCACCUUUACUAGUACGAACUUGA